AUGGAAACUGAUGAGCACACAGAGAAAAUCAGGGCAGCAAAGAGGCAGAGCUAUCAUGUCACCAUCAAGACGAAAGAUGAGACCAUACACAAGCUGAAGGAGCAGAACCUGGAUAUAGCCAAGGAAAUUUCAGUGAGGAAUAUUGCUGAGACUCAGAACGUCGUUCCUUUUCCUGACAGGGAUUUUGAUUGCACUGUCUUUCGCAUUCCAGGAAAGAAAGCUGAGUCAACAGCGAGUAAUGAUAUUAAUAUUAAGAUGAAGCAUCUCAAUAAGCUGAAAAACACUACCCAGAGAUACCAGCAGCGCCUUGUCCUGCUGAGGAAGGAGCACCAGCGACUGAAACCUGAGAAUGAACAUUGUCCACCACCUCCUAAUUUCCAUGACCGUGAGGAGGAGGAAACAGCUCGGUUCCUACGGUCACUGGAGAUCCAAAUGGAGAAGACCGGGUUUCAGUGCAGUCAGGCUGUGUUCAACCUGAGGGAUCACCAGAAACUCAUAGCUCUCGUCCAGGGAGGCAGUAUGACCUGCAAGAGCCGGUCAGGUCAUCUGGAUACAGAGAUCCAGAAGAACAAGGCCGCUCUUCACCAGCUGCAAGCCAAGAACAACAAGACCCAGCUUGCCAACAAAGCUCUUCAGGCAAAGUCCCAGCAGCUGAAAGAACUGUACGAUGAGGAGGAAAAUAAGAGGGAGCUCAACCUCAUCGCCCACAGGAAAAAAGCUCAGGAGGCUGCGCGCAAAGACGUGUCUCCUGAGUCUGAUGACGACAAGCAAGACACACACAUAUUGUAUAAGGACUUCAAGACCGUCACCGCCAACAUCGCACAAGUGACGAAACUCAUCCGCACUUUUGAGGCUAGCUUGAAGAACAUCAAAUUGGUCGUUGGAGAAUCAGAGAACCAGAAGUUAGUGGGAACUUUGAUCCAAAAAAGGGAAAGACACUCACAGCUGGAGAAGCAAAAGAAAGAGAAUGACGUAGUCCUGCAUGGGCUGAGGAAGCAGAGGGAUCUGCUGCUCUCCGAAUUCAAGCAGAUUGAUUUCUCCUACAGCCUCAAACUCUACAAUGAACAACAGGAGCUGGCAGAACAGUCGAGGUGCUCUGCUGUUGCUGUGGAACUGCGUUCGCAUCUUGAUUUGUUCACCAACAUUAAAGAGAGGAUAGGGUACCUGGCAGACAAACUUCAGCACAUCACACUGAGUGAGGACAGAGUGACGAGUGCGUCUGCAGACUCAUAUGAGCUUGUGUUGGAGCAGCUGUCCAUGUGCGUGGAGAAGCUGCAGGUACUGAAGGAUGACCUCAAGGGGGGAGAUCUGGCUGCUUUGAGGAAGGAGAUGAAGGAGAUCAAUGACAGCAUUGAGAAGAGACUGCCAUCUUACAACACCCGUAUCAAUCUCCCAGAACCUGGUCUGGAGAGACAUGAAGGAGGAGGAUAA